GGGAGACUAGAUACAGUGAAAGCAGGGUCCGGGGAGACCAGUUAUAGUGAAUGCAGGGUCUGGGGAGAGCAGUUAUAGUGAAUGCAGGGUCCAGGGAGACCAGAUAUAGUAAAUGAAGGGUCCGGGGAGACCAGGUAUAGUGAAUGCAGGGUCCGGGGAGACCAGAUAUAGUGAAUGCAGAGUCUGGGGAGACCAGAUAUAGUGAAUGCAGGGUCCGGGGAGACUAGAUAUAGUGAAUGCAGGGUCCGGGGAGACCAGAUAUAGUGAAUGCAGGGGUCCGGGGAGACCAGAUAUAGUGAAUGCAGGGUCCGGGGAGACUAGAUAUAGUGAAUGCAGGGUCCGGGGAGACCAGAUAUAGUGAAU